AUGCAUCGCAGGAGAUCACAACAUAUGCCUGUCGAUAGCGACACCACGGACAAGCGAGUUGAGAAGUCCGCGCUACUAAUACUCGCUACCUGCAGGACUAGUUGCCUCCGCCUGUGCACUGCAUUGGUCGCUGAAGCUGUGUUCAUCUCGAAUUCAAAUCACACUGCACUGGCAGCUGCAGAACGGGGAAGAAGGGCACAUCGCACCAUCGCCUACGUGCAGAUCAGUUUUCACAGAGCCAUCCGCAGCACAUGCUUCCCCAUGUCCCCUUCCUUGCUUCCACGUGUCCCUUUCCCUGCUUCCCCCAUCCCCUUCCCUUUCUCCCCCAUCCCCUUCCCUUUCUCCCCCCAUCCCUUUACAUGCUUCCCCCCAUCCCCUUCCCUGCUUCCCCCCAUCCCCUUCCCUGCUUCCCCAUGUCCCCUUCCCUGCUUCCCCCUUCCCCUUCCCUGCUUCCUCCCAUCCCCUUCCCUGCUUCCCCCCAUCCCCUUCCCUGCUUCCCCCCAUCCCCUUCCCUGCUUCCCCCCAUCCCCUUCCCUGCUUCCCCGUGUCCCCUUCCCUGCUUCACCCAUCCCCAUUCCUGGUUCCCCCCAUCCCCUUCCCUGCUUCCCCCCAUCCCCUUCCCUGCUUCCCCCCAUCCCUUUACAUGCUUCCCCCCAUCCUCUUCCCUGCUUCCCCCAUCCGCUUCCCUGCUUCCCAUGUCCCCUUCCUUGCUUCCCCGUGUCCCUUUCCCUGCUUCUCCCCAUCCCCUUUCCUUUCUCCCCCCAUCCAUUUACAUGCUUCCCCCCAUCCCCUUCCCUGCUUCCCCCCAUCCCCUUCCCUGCUUCCCCAUGUCCCCUUCCCUGCUUCCCCUCAUCCCCUUCCCUGCUUCCCCAUGUCCCCUUACCUGCUACCCCCCAUCCCCUUCCCUGCUUCCCCCCAUCCCCUUCCCUGCUUCCGCCCACCCCCUUCCCUGCUUCGCCGUGUCCCCUUCCCUGCUUCCCCCCAUCCCCAUUCCUGGUUCCCCCCAUCCCCUUCCCUGCUUCCCCCCAUCCCCUUCCCUGCUUCCCCCAUCCCUUUACAUGCUUCCGCCCAUCCUCUUCCCUGCUUCCCCCCAUCCGCUUCCCUGCUUCCCAUGCCCCCUUCCUUGCUUCCCCGUGUCCCUUUCCCUGCUUCCCCCCAUCCCCUUCCCUUUCUCCCCCCAUCCCUUCACAUGCUUCCCCCCAUACACUUCCCUGCUUCCCCCCAUCCCCUUCCCUUUCGCCCCCCAUCCCUUCACAUGCUUCCCCCCAUCCACUUCCCUGCCUCCCCCCAUCCCUUUCCCUGCUUCCCCGUGUCCCUUUCCCUGCUUCCCCCCAUCCCAUUCCCUACUUCCCCCCAUCCCCUUCCCUGCUUCCCCAUGUCCCCUUCCCUGCUUCCCCCCAUCCCCUUCCCAUCUUCCCCCUAUCCCUUUACAUGCUUCCCCACACCCCCUUCCCUGCUUCCCCAUGUCCCCUCCUGCUUCCGCGUGUCCCUUUCCCUGCUUCCCCCCAUCCCCUUCCCUUUCUCCCCCCAUCCUUUUACAUGCUUCCCCCCAUCCACUUCCCUGCUUCCCCCCAUCCCCUUCCCUUUCUCCCCCCAUCCCUUUACAUGCUUCCCCCCAUCCACUUCCCUGCCUCCCCCCAUCCCCUUCCCUGCUUCCCCGUGUCCCUUUCCUUGCUUCCCCCCAUCCAUUCCCUACUUCCCCCCAUCCCCUUCCCUGCUUCACCAAGUCCCCUUCCCUGCUUUCCCCCAUCCCCUUCCCUGCUUCCCCAUGUCCCCUUCCCUGCUUCCCCCCAUCCCCUUCCCAUCUUCCCCCUAUCCCUUUACAUGCUUCCCCCCAUCCACUUCCCUGCUUCCCCCCAUCCCCUUCCCUGCUUCCCCCCAUCCCCUUCCCUGCUCCCGCCCACCCCCUUCCCUGCUUCCCCGUGUCCCCUUCCCUGCUUCACCCCAUCCCCAUUCCAGGUUCCCCCCAUCCCCUACCCUGCUUCCCCUCAUCCCCCUCCCUGCUUCCCCAUGUCCCCUCCUCUUCUUCCCCAUGUCCCCUCCUCUUCAUCCCCCCAUCCCCUUCCCUGCUUCCCCCCAUCCCCUUCCCUGCUUCCGCCCACGCCCUUCCCUGCUUCCCCGCCGUGUUGCUUCGGUCGUUGUGCUUCUGAGAGUGGGAAUCAUCCAUUUCUCCGGGCAGCCACUAGAAGAACAGCAAAUCUCAACAUUCCCUGGCAGCCAGGGUUCCAAAAGACGUUUUGCUGUUGCACUGCUGAGUUUGUCUGUCAUCCUUUCAUCUAG